AUGGAGGAGCAGCCGGACCCAAAGCUGCUGGAGGCCAAGUCGUCGAGCAGCACAGCGUGCACGCAUGCUGACAGAGAUAAGCGAUCGUCGUCGUCAUCCGCCUCUACAAAGUACAAACUGACGUAUUCCGUCGGAGUGGCUGAGAACGUGAACACGCGGUACAGGCCCACGAUGGAGGACGUGCACACGUAUGUUGAGAACUUUGUCGAGAGGCUCGAUUGGGGGUACUUUGCGGUGUUUGAUGGCCAUGCCGGGAAGGAGGCUGCCAAGUGGUGCGGUCAGCACCUACACACGCUGCUAGGCGAUAAGUUGAUCCGGGAGGAGAACCGGGACGUCCGAGAGCUGUUGAACGAGACGUUCAUCAAGGCCGACAGUGAGAUUGCGAAGAACGUGAGAGGGUCAAGCGGGUGCACCGCUGCUGUGGCGGUGAUACGGUGGGAGUUGCCUCAAGACGGGGAGGCCGAGGGCGGUGUGAAGGAUGAGCAACGGUUGUCCCUAGACAAGCACAGACGUAUGCUCUAUACAGCAAACGUUGGAGACUCGAGAAUCGUGCUGUUUAGAUCUGGGAAAGCGGUUAGACUCACGUACGACCAUAAGGCCAGCGACAAGCUGGAGAUCAAGCGCAUCGAGGAGAAUGGUGGGCUAAUCAUGAAGAACCGUGUCAACGGGAUGCUCGCCGUCACCAGGUCGCUUGGUGAUCAGUUCUUCAAGGACUUGGUUAUCGGGAACCCGUACACCACCAGCCUGGAGUUGGAUAUGGAGACAGACAAGUUCAUCAUCAUUGCAUGCGACGGGUUAUGGGACGUAAUUAGUGAUCAAAAGGCAUGCGAGUUGAUCCAGGGCAUUGAGGACGCCAAUGUCGCUGCAAAGACGCUUGUGGAUUACGCGAUGGAGAAACAGACGACGGAUAACGUGACGGUGAUGGUGAUCAAGCUGGGAUGA